AUCUCCCACGGCACACCAGACUGUAUCUCACGGCACACUAGUGGUUGAAAUACACUGUUCUAAUGAAUACAAAAUAUCGUACUUAUUCUUGCCAGGACAAAUGAAACACAACAUUAAUACACAUAUGUCCUAACGACAAACAGUACUUUUUAAUCCGGCAAUGAAGCAAUAGACGUAUGUUUUAACAACAAACCGUACUUUUUAAUCAGGCAAUGAAGCGAACAGCUAUCUCAGCGAAAGGAGAGAAGACAGUGGGACAUUUUUAUUGUGAGGGUGCACAUUGGAGGAGGAGGACGCAACUAAGUUCUCAGCAUGAGCUGGUUAAUUAUUACAAAAUAAAAAUAAAAUGUUAAUAUUUAGCCCGAGAGUGAGCGACCUUCUUGUCAGGCUGAGCGGCUUCUCUCGGCCUUUUUUCUCCACGACUUGGAAUAUGUCGUCUGACACUCAUUGGCUCUCCUCGGCCGACCGAGAUCAGCAGGUGAUGGAGUUGAGGACCACAGGCUGGAUGGAGGUGGAGGACCGUGACGCCAUUUUUAAAGAGCUUCACUUUAAAAACUUUAACCAGGCGUUUGGCUUCAUGUCCCGUGUGGCGCUGCAGGCGGAGAAGUUGAACCAUCACCCCGAGUGGUUCAACGCUUACAACAAGGUCCAGAUCACGCUGACCACACACGACUGCGGCGGUCUGUCCAAGCGAGACAUCAAGAUGGCCAAAUUUAUUGACAAAAUUUUACUUUCUGUUUAACUUUCAUUUCUCCCAAUAAAUACAAGUUUUCUUCAUCACAAUAAAUAUAUUUUGUAUCGAU